AUGACAAGAAUGACGAUGCUCGCCCGAGGAUAUGUGUACUGGACGAACAUCCACAGGGACAUCGAAGAAACUGUACGCCACUGCCGCAACUGUCAGGAAGCUGCGAAGAUGCCAAAGAAGACAGUUCUCAUUUCUUGGACCUCUGAGAAGAAACCGUUAGACAGAAUUCAUAUCGACUAUGCAGGACCACUGAAUGAAUGCGGUGAAAACUGGGACAAUGGGGUUGCUGAUGACGCUGAUCACAGUUGUAUGCGACCGGGUGAGUAUAAGCGCCUCCUUGCUACAGGAUGGGGGAAAUCUGGCGAAAACUAUGCAAAACCAGCUACAAAAAUGAUUGAACUGCAAUAUGACAAGGCUCUUGAAGACAAAACUGUAACGAAGAUUAAGAACUGCGCCUCAAGUUCAAGCAGUGCAAUCGGAGAAAACUUCUGGAGCAAAGAAGUCACCGCAACCAACAAUAUUGGUGAAGACGGCAUUGAAAAGAUAGCUUAUGAUGGAGCCACCAAGGUUGGUUGUGCUAUAGAUUUUGGAGCAGCUUGCCCGAAACUCGGAAAACUAUAUAUUAUGUCACCUGCAAUUGAUGAUGUCAUCUACGAAGCUGGGAAUGAAGCAUGUGCGAAGUGCGCUAGCACCGGUACCACUCCGGUGUGCUCCCCGAUAGGUGGAUUGUGCGUCGCAGCAUCGUAA